AUGGAGUGUUUCCUUUACUCCUUUUUUACUUUCGGGGGGUUUCUAAAAGGUGUGACAGCAGUGAUACAAACACAUCCAAAUGUUGCAGCUGCAGCCGGAGAAGACGCUCGUCUCUUCUGUCAGCUCCUGGAGACUACAAUGGUCUAUCAGGUUACCUGGCAGAAAAUAUUUGAGGGCAAAGAGAUAAAUAUUGGCUCCUAUGAGAAAUUCAAUGGUGAAACAGUGAAUCUUGAGUUUGAAGGUAAAGUUCAGUUUAAAGAAGCUGGACUGCAGAACAACUCAAUAGUUAUCAGGAACGUAACUGAGCAGGAUGGAGGGUGUUAUCUCUGUGUUUUUACCACCUACCCUCAUGGCGGUCUAUCAAACAAAACCUGCGUCCAUGUCUAUGAGCUGCAUGAACCCGUCCUUCAGGUCAGAAGAUCAAAGUCUCCUGAAGAGUCACUUGUGUCGUGUUCAGCCACAGGUCGACCUGCUCCCACUGUAACUCUGACUGCUCCACAACAACACCUGCACUUGUCACAACACAACACCGUCACAGUCACCAACACCAACAAUACAGUCACUGUCACCACCACAGCUGUGCUGUCAGGUCUCCAUGACGACAGCUUUCAGGAUACAUACAUACAGGUUGCAUGUGCAGCCAAAGUGGACUUUGGUCCUCAAGUGGAGGUGGUGAAGAGGAUUACUGAGCUCAGACCGACGUCUGAUGAUGCAGGUCUGGCAGCUGUGAUACAAACACAGCUGAGUGUGUGGGCAACAACAGGGGGAGAUGUUCUCCUCAGCUGUCAGCUUCUGGAAAAUAAUGGUUUUAAAACCAAUCUCAUUCAAGUCUCAUGGGAGAAAUCUUCACCUGCUGGAUCAGUGAAUAUGGCCGCCUACAACCCACACUUUGGUGCAAGGGUGAAUCCCGACUUUCGGAAAAACGUUCAGUUUGAAUAUCUUGGACUGCAGAACAACUCAGUAGUUAUCAGGAACGUAACUGAGCAGGAUGGAGGGUGUUAUCUCUGUGUUUUUACCACCUACCCUCAUGGCGGUCUAUCAAACAAAACCUGCGUCCAUGUCUAUGAGCUGCAUGAACCCGUCCUUCAGGUCAGAGGAUCAAAGUCUCCUGAAGAGUCACUUGUGUCGUGUUCAGCCACAGGUCGACCUGCUCCCACUGUAACUCUGACUGUUCCACAACAACACCUCCACUUGUCACAACACAACACCGUCACAGUCACCAACACCAACAAUACAGUCACCGUCACCACCACAGCUGUGCUGUCAGGUCUCCAUGACGACAGCACACGGGUUGGAUGUGCAGCCAGAGUGGACUCUGGUCCUCAGGUGGAGGUGGUGAAGAGGAUUUCUUUGUUCAACAAUGCACCCAGAUGUUUCCAUUUGACUUGGGUCACUUCAUUGUGCACGUCUGUUUUUGUGUCGCUGCUGAUUAUCUUUUAG